ACAAUUAACCAGCCGUAAAGUGUGGUAAUAAUUAUACUAAUGACCUUCAAAUUCUUUGGAGCAAAGAAAGCAACAGAAUGUCUCCGUGUUGAAAAAAAAGACAUUUCAAGCCAGAUAAAGCCAUUUAAAAGAAGUUCUAAGACGCUUAUGAGAAACAUCCUGUACUCAAGCACGGAGUUGUGGGCGUGGCUUCCACACCUGUACUCGCAUAUCCGUAAAACUCCCACUAUGCUCGUCGGGUGAACGUGUCCCAGUGUUUAGUUAUAUGGGUUAUGACAAUGGUCUGCUGACAGCCCCGAGCGAGUAAAACCAUUGCAACAGAAACUCUUCAGCGCUUCCCUUCCAAAGUAAAACAGGUCCACCAUGUCACACCGACAGUCCCAGACACCUACGGGGGACCAGUCUCCUCUCCUUCUGGACAACAUGCUCUCCUCCCAGCUUCACCUGGAUUGCCAGGCUGAUCUUUCGUCCUCAAGCACAAACCUCACUGUACCUGAGCAACCUUCACGGACUCCUGUAAUCCUCAGCACCCAGAGUGAAGCGGCUCGGAAGCUUGGAACCCAGCAGCUCAUCCCCAAAAACCUGGCUGUCACCAGUCGACCAAAGAACCGCUACCACACCACGGUGGUCACGCUGCCUGUAGUCCGUGAGGCCCAAAAGAACUUCCAGCGUUUCUCUCAUUCUCCUGACCUCUCCUGGGAGGACUAUGACAGUGAUGAUGGUGGCUUGAAUAGGAACCGCAGGAACAAGUCAUACCGAGCUGCUGUCACCAGUCUUGAUGCUGAUUUGAUGUGGAAACAGGAUCUACUGCAGCCUGUUAGUGAGGAGAAGGAGAAAACACCCAGCCCGAAGCCAGUUUCCAGCCCUGGACGCAAAAGAACCUUGGGUAGAAAGAGGAACCAGAAGCAUGGCGGAUCCUUUAAGGAUGAUCCACGUUUAUACCAGGAGAUCAAGGAACGAGGUCUCCAGUCCAACAACCUGGGGCCUGAUGAUGAUGACUUCAGCCAGAUGCCAGAGGAGGACCAGGGCAUUGUUGUGAAAAACUACAAGGCAGCAUACAUGACCUGGAGCCAACUUCCUCAGGUGAAGGAGAUGGGCAUUCUAGAGACCAUUUCACCUGAGGAGCGUAAGCGGCAAGAGGGCAUUUUCGAGAUUAUGACAUCCGAGUACUCCUACCUGCACAGCUUGGGCAUCCUGGUGCGUCAUUUCAAAAGCAACGAGGCUUUGAGGAAGACUAUGACCGCAACCGAACACCAUCAUCUCUUCUCCAAUAUCUCUACAGUCCAUGACAUCAGCAAGCGAUUUUUUGAAGAUCUUGAAAGGCGUCAUCAAAUAAAUCCUGUCGUUCAGGACAUCAGUGACAUAGUCCAGGACCACGCUACGAAUCACUUUGAGCCAUACAUUGUGUAUUGCUCCAACGAGACCUUCCAGCAGAGGACACUACAGAAACUACUUGCAUCUAAUACUGCAUUUAAGGAGGUACUGAAACAAAUUGAGAGCAGUCCGGAAUGUGGAUCAUUACCCAUGAUCUCCUUCCUCAUUCUGCCCAUGCAGAGAGUCACCCGUCUGCCCCUGUUGAUGGAUACCAUCUGUCAGAAGACCACUAAGCAGACGAAUGAAUACCAUGCAGGUCGCUGGGCGCUGAAGGCCAUCAGUAAGCUGGUAAAGAGCUGUAAUGACGGUGCCCGGAGGAUGGAGCGCACCGAACAGAUGUACACCAUCCAGAAACAGAUGGAUUUUGGAAAGAUUAAGCCGUUCCCGUUAAUCUCAUCCUCUCGCUGGCUGCUAAAGAGAGGCGAGCUGGCCAUAUUCACGGAGGAGAUCGGGAUCUUCCGGAAGGCCUUCAGCCAUAAGAGCUACUACCUCUUCCUGUUCAACGAUGUUCUCAUUGUUACCAAGAAAAAAAGUGAAGAAAGCUACGUGGUGUUUGACUAUGCCACCCUGGAGAAUGUGGAAGUUGAGGAGGAGGAGGAGCAAGCUGGCAAGCUCUACCUGCGGCUUAAACCCAAUAGUGAGGGGCGCUGUGAGCAGAUGGCUCUGGUGGCUGAAAGCAAGCUAGACAGAGCUCGCUGGGUCACUGCUCUACGCUGGUCUAAACUAGGAGAGAGUUCCUCUAACAAAGAUGCACUUCCUCAAUAUGAAGCCACUAAAGCUUAUAUGCCCAAAGAGCCAGAUGAGCUGAAUCUCCAGCAAGCUGAAGUAGUCAUCGUCUUGCAAGAAGUGGAUGGUUGGUGCUAUGGGGAGAGGAUGAGAGAUGGAGAAAGGGGCUGGUUUCUAGCCAGUUGUGCUACACAGAUCACCAACCGCAUUGCCAUUGAGAGCAACAUCCAGCGAAUGCAGCGACUGCGCAAGGAGACCAAUGUCUGAUCAGAGACUACAGCACAUGACUCUAAGACUAAAGCACUGAAUACCUGC